AUGUGGCUGCUGAUGAGCUUCUUUUCACAUGAAUUGGCACAGAAUGGUGUUAGAGGUUUAAUGCUUGAUAUGUAUGACUUCAAUAAUGACAUCUGGCUAUGUCACUCAUAUGGAGGGAAAUGCUACAACUAUACAGCUUUUCAACCUGCAAUCAAUGUCUUGAGGGAGAUAGGAGUAUUUCUUGAAGCAAACCCUUCUGAUAUUGUUACAGUCAUAAUUGAGGACUAUGUUAGAUCUCCCAAUGGCCUAACAAAGGUGUUUGAUGCGGCUGGGCUUAGAAAAUUCUGGUUUCCAGUUUCUAGGAUGCCUAAAAAUGGUGGAGAAUGGCCAACUGUAGAUGAUAUGGUCCAGCGCAAUCAGCGAUUGGUUGUCUUCACAUCUAAGUCUGCCAAAGAACCUUCAGAAGGCAUUGCUUAUGAGUGGAGAUACUUGGUAGAAAACCAAUAUGGAAAUGGUGGCAUGAAACCUGGUUCUUGUCCAAAUCGUGCAGAAUCAUCUGCUAUGGACAAUAAGACGAAGUCCUUAGUCCUUAUGAACUACUUUCCUGAUGCCCCGGAUUUUGCUCAAGCUUGCAAGCAUAAUUCAGCACCACUUAUUGACAUGAUGAACACAUGCCAUGAAGCUGCUGGUAAGAGGUGGCCUAACUUCAUUGCUGUUGAUUUUUACAAGAGAAGUGAUGGAGGUGGAGCCCCUGAAGCUGUAGAUGUGGCAAAUGGACAUUUAGUCUGCGGAUGUACAAACAUUGCCUCUUGCAAGGAGCACAUGACUUACGGGAUAUGUGAGCUGCCUGAACCAAGCAUUUCUCCAGUAACACCAGCUGCUGCAGCUAAAAAUGAAACAAGCUUUUCAAAUUUCAAUUGCCAACCAAAGCUGCAAUGGUUGUUGGGGACAACAUUAAUGUCUUUUUUCUUGUUAAAAUUGGAGCCAAGGAGUUUGGAUGGCGUGUGAUCAGUCGUCACUAAACUUUGUAUCUUUCCUGUGGACAUCGAAAAUGAUUCUACACUGGGGACCAAAUAAGAAUGAGAGGUAGUAUAGGAAUAUACUCACAGCCUUUUGCAUACACUGGGAACCAAUUUGACAUUUCAAUUAAACCAUAUAAGAUACGGCUUGAUUCGACGUCAAGAAAAAUAAUGUUAUAGGAUGAGAUUUUGCUUUUCACUUGCCCACUGCAGAUAAUGUCCUUUUACAACGUUGUCCUAUUGAAAUGAUGUAUAUAUCAGGACAUCAUAAGAAGAUAGAGGAGUAACAUUAUCUCCUAUCAGAUCAUCAAGCCUAGCAAAGGUUGCAGAGAGAAUAAAAUUAAAGCAUAAAUAUGAA